AUGCACCCAGGCACUGUAAUUCGAUUCUGCAUCCUUUCAAACGACCUACCUGGACAAGAGCCGUCCAUGGUCAUCGAUACCAUUGAACGAGAGCUUGCACCAUCCACCCAAAUACGCUUAGGAAGAUUUACAACGAUUACUGACGAAAACGACAUUCAUUUGAACUCAAAAGUAGUUAGUAGAAGACAUGCCAAAAUCUACGUAAAGAAGAGCAAGCUGCUCAUCAAGGACACUAAAUCGAAUUUUGGCACCUAUGUCAAUGGCGUUCGUUUGGCCAAAAAGAAACAGGUAUCAGUUCCUCAUAAAUUAGAGAGUGGAGACAUCGUGCGAAUUGGAAAAGACUUUCAUGGCGGAAUCAAAGAGAAUCAAAGAGGUGUUCUUAUGCGUAUAGAAAUAGAUCCACCUGCUUCGACUACCAUGAUGAUGACACCCUGA